UUUGGCGAGAUGGGCCGUGAGCGGCCUCAGCCGACCUGACAGGUCAUGUCAAAGAAAAAAAAAAUAAGUUUAAUUUUUCUUAUCCCAGCGAAGACGUGUUUCGUUCUCACCGGAUAAACCAUUUUUACAAAUCAUUUCUAUAUACGACAUGAAAUUAGCUGCCGUAGAAAUCUUUUCGAUUGCUCUCCUAGCAACGAUUUAUCUAUGUGAAGCAAAUGGCGAAGGAAAGUUGAAAAUUGGCGUUAAAAAACGAGUUGAGAACUGCUCCGUUCGUACCAAGAAGGGCGAUCUGGUGCACAUGCACUACACGGGAACUCUGGAGGAUGGGACGGAGUUCGACAGUAGCUUACCGCGGGGUGAGCCACUUACCUUCACGCUCGGCAUGGGCCAGGUCAUAAAAGGUUGGGACCAAGGACUGCUCAAUAUGUGCGAAGGUGAGAAGCGAAAACUGGUUAUCCCUCCGGAGUUGGGAUACGGCGCCCGUGGUGCGGGGGAAAAGAUUCCUCCCAAUUCUGUGCUAGUGUUUGAGGUUGAACUAGUAAAAAUUGAGCGCAAGACCGAGUUGUAAUUCAGUUUAUUGUUAAUAAAAGCUUUAUUUCGACUUUCUCCACGAAGAUAA